AUGUCUGCCGCUCCGAUUGUGCCGCCCACGCGGGUCUUGGCCGUCGCCAGCCAUGUUGUCUCGGGCUAUGUCGGCAACAAGGUCGCCGUCUUUGUGCUGCAGUCUCUGGGCUGCGACACGGCCGCUCUAAACACUGUCCAGUUCAGCAAUCACACUGGCUACAGGCACUGGACGGGAACAAAGGCCACGGCGCAGGAAAUCAGCGACCUCUACCGCGGCCUCAAGGACAACUACAUCAACGACUUUGACAUGAUGCUGUCCGGCUACAUCCCUGGCGCCGAGGGCGUCCUCGCCGUCGGCGCCAUCGCCAAGGAGCUCAAGGCGGCCAGCCAGCAGCGGCCGGGCGACUUUUUCUGGGUGCUGGAUCCGGUCAUGGGCGACAACGGCAACCUGUACGUUGCCGCCGACGUUGUCCCCGCGUACAAGUCGCUGCUGUCCUACGCCGAUCUCAUCAUCCCGAACCAAUUCGAGGCCGAACUCCUCUCCGAGGUCAAAAUCACAGACAUGGACAGCCUCGCCGCCGCCAUCCAGGCCCUGCACACCAAGCACCGUGUCCCGCACGUCGUCAUCACCUCGGUCAGCAUCGCCUCGCCCGACGUCCCCGCCGGCCACCUCUGCGUCGUCGGCUCCACCAUGACGUCCACGGGCGGCGCGCGGCUCUUCAAGGCCGUCUUUCCGAGCAUCGACUGCUAUUUCUGCGGCACGGGCGACAUGUUUGGCGCGCUCGUCACCGUGCGCAUGCGCGAGGCGGCGGCCACGAGCCCGAGCCUCAUGGCCCGCGGCAGCUGGGUCAGCGACGACGACGUGGCCGCCGUGGACCUGCCGCUGGCGCGGGCGACGGAAAAGGUGCUCGCGAGCAUGCACGAGGUGCUGACGCACACAAAGGACGCGAUGCAGGGCGUCGUGGACCGCACGCUCGCGGCCAUGGCGACGGAGGAGGAGCGCAGCGGGGAGAAGCAGCGGAUGCUGGCGGGGAAGAAGGCGGCGGAACUGCAGCUGGUGCGCAACUUGGAUUGUCUCCGUACGCCAGAGAAGUCAAUUGAGGUGCGUCCAUUUUAA